AUGCGCGCCAUUUCAAUCACGACUUUGUGUCUCACAGUGAUCAGUGUACGAACAUUAGACAAUUAUGACAAAAACAAGACAAAUCUACUUGAACAGGAAGCUAUCCAUUCCGUUGGUGCAGAACUUCAGCUAUCUAAAGAUGAACUACAAGUGAACAACAUACUAAUGACACUGAAGAAUACAGAAAACAAAAAUUACAUCGCUAAUCCAAAAAAUGACACCUUUUCAAAGCAUUACUUCACAUACAGAGAUCAGACAGAGAAGUCACGCGUUUAUCAGAUUAUAAAACGAAUGCCCAAAGGAGCUGUUCUGCAUGUACAUAACGUAUUUGUGUUGGACGCGGACUAUAAAGUUAGUUUGACGUAUGAGAAUCACUUAUACGGCUGUUACGUCGGCGUCGAUUUAAAAUUGUACUUCUCAGAUGGCAUACCUCAUCAGCCCUGUCCCACUAAGUGGACUCUGUUAAGUGAACUUAGGAAUGCAACUGAUGUCAAACACUUUGAUUCAGAACUCAAGAAGCGCUUCACAAUAUACUCAACAGACCAAAAAAGCAAUGACGUCAAUAGCAUCUGGAAACAAUUCGGUAAUGUCCAUGCUGUUACCAAGUCCUUACUAUCAUACAGACCAGUGCGCGAGAAGUACAUAUACGAAUGUUUGAAAAGAUUCUAUGAUGACAAUGUUAUGUAUGUUGAAGUUAGAGGAGGUUUGCACAGGUUAUAUGAGCUGAAUGGAACAGAGCAUGAUCCCUCGCAUUUGGUGCAGCUGUAUAUGGACGUAACAGAGAGGUUUAAAGAAGACCAUCCAGAUUUUAUUGGAAUAAAAUUCAUUUUAACACAACAUCGUAGCGCAAAUAUCAAGGACAUCCAGGAAGCUGUGAACGUAGCGAAAAAUAUCAAAUCUGAGUAUCCUCAGGCGUUCGCAGGGUUUGACUUAGUCGGUCAAGAGGAUGUGGGCAAGCCUUUAUCAGAAUUUAUACAAGCAUUACUUGAUGUGAAAGAAGAUAUAGACUUCUUUUUCCACGCGGGAGAGACAAACUGGCUUGGAAUGCAGUCUGAUGAGAAUUUAUUCGAUGCUAUCCUCUUAGAAACGAGGAGGAUUGGUCAUGGGUACGCAUUGGCGAGGCAUCCAGUUCUGAUGUCGCUUGUGAAGAAGAGAGAGAUAGCUGUGGAAGUGACUGUGAUAUCUAGUGUAGUGUUCCGUCUACUGCGUGAUAUGAGACAGCAUCCUCUAGCAAUUUUCUUGGCCUUUGGACUACCAGUGGUAUUAUCCAGUGAUUACCCGGGCAUGUGGGGAGCAGCACCGUUAUCUGAUGACUUCUACGUUGCUUUCAUGGCUGUGGCUAAUCAGCACUCAGACUUGAGACUCUUGAAGCAACUGGCUAUUAACUCCAUAAGAUAUUGUGCGUUAGAGAACCGAAGGAAGAACAGAUUGUUUGAAGUGUUCAACAAAAGGUGGGAUAAGUUUUUGAAGGAAGUGUUAGCGAUGAAUUUGUAG